UUCGCUCUGCGGCUGCAGCUGGCGGACUCAGUGCGGGCAGAGAGACGGGGAUACAGAGACUGAACAGCGGAUUCAGCACCGCCACCGCCGCCGCUCCCAACACUUCCAGCACUGCCAUCACCUUUCACAGCUUCAGACAUAAUAAACCCUGCUGUACGGAGUGAGCGAGAUUUAACCGGGUAAAGAGCAAAAGAGCUCUGAGCGCAGGCUGAGCUAAUACUGCUGCAGGCUCGGACCAGACCAGGCUUCUCUCCCAGCCAGCAUACACAAACCUAGGGCUCGUGUGAAGCGAGAGGACCGGGAGGAUUCGGGCGGCUGGCUGCCUGCCGUUCGCCCCGCCGAGUGGUGCCGCAGCCCCGCAGGCCGAUCUGAGCUCCGGCGCGGAGAAUGCUAAAGGAUGAGUCAGAGGGACACCCUGGUUCAUCUUUUUGCUGGAGGCUGUGGGGGCACCGUUGGUGCCAUUUUGACGUGUCCACUGGAGGUGGUGAAGACCAGGCUGCAGUCUUCGUCAGUAACGCUCUACAUCUCUGAGGUCCAGCUAAGCACUGUAAAUGGGGCCAGCGUUGCCCGCAUGUCCCCUCCUGGGCCCCUGCACUGUCUCAAGUUGAUAUUGGAGAGAGAAGGUCCGCGUUCACUCUUUCGGGGGCUGGGACCUAACCUGGUGGGAGUGGCUCCGUCCAGAGCGAUCUACUUUGCCGCUUACUCCACGGCUAAAGAGAAGUUAAACGAUGUGUUCGAGCCCGACUCCACGCAGGUCCACAUGGUGUCCGCCGGCCUCGCAGGGUUCACCGCGAUCACGGCCACCAAUCCCAUCUGGCUCAUAAAGACCCGGCUGCAGCUGGAUGCCAGAAACCGCGGAGAGAGGCGCAUGAAUGCGUUUGAGUGUGUGCGGCGGGUCUAUCAGGCAGACGGAUUACGAGGCUUUUAUAGGGGCAUGUCUGCCUCCUACGCUGGCAUUUCAGAGACUGUCAUCCACUUUGUCAUCUACGAGAGCAUCAAACGCAAGCUCCUGGAGUCCAAAGCCAACGCCAACAUGGACGAUGAGGACGAAUCGGUGAAGGAUGCUUCUGACUUUGUUGGAAUGAUGCUGGCUGCAGCGACGUCCAAAACCUGCGCCACAUCCAUCGCGUAUCCACACGAGGUGAUUCGUACCCGGCUACGAGAGGAGGGCAGCAAGUACCGUUCGUUCUUCCAGACCCUGAGCAUGGUGUUCCGCGAGGAGGGCUACAGGGCGCUGUACCGCGGCCUGACCACCCACCUGGUCCGGCAGAUCCCCAACACCGCAAUCAUGAUGUGCACCUACGAGCUGGUGGUUUACCUGCUCAAUGGUUAAAAAAAAAUAUAUAUAUACAUAAAUAUAAACGUGCUAAUGGAGAGGUGAGGUGGGUGGGGACGAGGAGAGCGAGGGCGAGAGAGAGAGAGGGAGAGAGAGAUGAAGAAUGGACAUGACAGAGACGACUGUCCCCGUUGUGAGACCAAAGGAAGCAGCAGCAGCAGCAGAGAGAGAACCAGGAAAACAAAGCACUAUUUGCCUCCAGUCCUUUAGAAGGCGCUGUUGGCACAGACAGAAGAGAGGAAAUGGUAUGAGGGUAAAGGGGUUCUGGCUCGUAAGCUUGUCAGAUAGAUAUGGGAUUGUUUUGUGGUGUGAAAGAGAGAGAAAUCAAGCGAAAGGUAAAAAAAAAAAAAAAAAAGAAA